AUGAGAUCUCGAGAGAAAACCGAGUCGAAAUCAUCUAAAUCGAGUAGUACCACACAUGUAAUGUUUCGGUUUGCAGAUUGGAUAGAUAUAGUUCUGAUGGUACUUGGUACUGUGGGAGCUAUUGGAGAUGGAAUGUCUACGAACGUGUCGUUAGUGUUUGCAAGCAAGAUAAUGAAUACCUUGGGCUAUGGUCAACACAAUCCUAAUUCCACAACUUUCAAGGAUGAGAUUCAAAAGUGCAGUCUCUACUUUGUAUACCUGGGAUUGGCAGUACUGGGAGUGGCAUUUAUGGAGGGUUACUGUUGGAGUAAAACAAGCGAGAGACAAGUUGUAAAGAUUCGUCGAACAUAUCUUGAAGCUGUUCUUCGACAAGAAGUUUCGUUCUUUGAUUCGGAUGCUUCCACUUCUGAAAUCAUCCACACCAUUUCAACUGAUACUUCUCUCAUCCAACAACUUCUAAGUGAAAAGGUUCCCAUAUUCUUGAUGCACAUAUCAGUUUUCAUCACUGGCCUUGUGUUUUCGGCAUACUUUUCGUGGAGAUUAACCAUCGUGGCCCUCCCAACACUUGUUCUUCUUUUAAUCCCAGGGUUGAUCUAUGGCAAUUAUCUUGUUCAUUUAACCAAGAAAUCUUUCAGAGAAGACGUGAUUGCAAACUCCAUUGUAGAACAGGCUCUAAGCUCCAUCAAGACCAUUCUUUCCUUCACCGCGGAGACUCAAAUUAUCAAAAAAUACUCAAAGGUCUUGGAAAGACACAAGAAGCUUGGGUUAAAGAAAGGUCUUGCCAAAGGUUUAGCUGUGGGAAGCUCAGGGAUUUCAUUCACCAUUUGGGCUUUUCUUGCGUGGUACGGAAGCCGAUUAGUGAUGCACAAACAAGAAACCGGUGGCCGCAUUUAUGCAGCUGGAAUCUCCUUUAUCUUGAGUGGCAUCUCUUUAGGGACGGCACUGACUGAAAUAAGAUAUUUUUCGGAGGCUUCAGUUGCGGCGGCUCGAAUAUGUUCAAGGAUUGAUAGGAUUUCUGAGAUAGAUGGUGAGGAUACAACAAAAGGAUUCAUACCAAAAGAUAAAAUGAAGGGAAGAGUUGAGUUUGAGUGUGUAACAUUCAUAUAUCCUUCUCGUCCAAAAUCCGUAGUUCUAAAGAACUUCACUCUCACAGCUGAUGUUGGAGAAACAGUUGCUCUAAUGGGAACUAGUGGAAGUGGUAAAUCGACAGUGAUUUCAUUAUUGCAACGGUUUUAUGAUCCAUGUGAGGGGUUUGUGAGAAUCGAUGGGUUUGACAUAAAGAUGCUUCAGUUAAAAUGGAUGAGAGAACACAUUGGUGUUGUGAGUCAAGAUCAUGCUUUAUUUGGAACGUCGAUAAGGGAAAAUAUAAUGUUUGGGAAAGAUAAUGCAUCAAUGGAUGAAAUUAUUUUAGCUGCAAAGGCUGCAAAUGCUCAUGGGUUUAUAACACAAUUACCAAAUGGUUAUGAUACACAUGUAGGUGAUCGCGGGGCACUUUUAUCGGGAGGUCAGAAACAACGAAUUGCAAUUGCGCGUGCAAUUAUUAGAAAUCCGGUGAUUUUACUUUUAGAUGAAGCAACAAGUGCAUUAGAUGGAGAAUCUGAAACAUUGAUUCAAAAUGCACUUGAUCAAGUAGCUGCAGGGAGAACUACACUGGUGGUGGCACAUAAGCUUUCAACUGUUAGAGGAGCGAAUAUUAUUGCCAUGUUAGAAAAUGGUUUCGUUAAAGAACUUGGUUCUCAUGAAGAUUUGGUGAUGAAGAACAACCACUAUGCGAAACUCGUAAAACUGCAAACAGAAUUCAGCCAUGAACAUCGACAAGAUCUUAGCGAUGGGAUCAAAACUCCUGAGAUACGACAAUAUUGGGCUACUAGGAACAGUAUCAACAGGCAAAGCAUAAGGUCAUCUCCUGAUCUUGUUGUGUCUCCUAGAUCAUUGGAGAGCAUUCACACAACCAAAAUCGAUGAUAAUAGCCCAAAUACUUCAUUCACUAGACUUAUUCCUUUGGUUUCUCUUGAGUGGAAGUCUUCUCUCGUUGGUUGCAUAUCAGCUGCAACAUUUGGUGCAAUCCAGCCGGUUUACGCCUUAACCAUUGGCGGCAUGAUCUCAGCUUUUUUUGCAAAAAACUCGCAAGAAAUGCAGGAUAAGAUACGCAUUUACUCCUUAAUUUUCACUUCCCUCACUGUUCUCUCCAUCUCCCUUAAUCUCCUUCAGCAUUAUAGUUUUGCGAAAAUGGGUGAAACGCUAAUGCAAAGACUUCGGGUGAAAAUGCUCGAAAAGAUAUUUACCUUUGAACCUGCUUGGUUUGAUGUGGAAGAGAACUUCAGUGGUGAGCUUUCUUCAAGGCUUAGCAAUGAAGCAUCCAUUGUGAAGUCCAUAGUAGCAGAUAGAAUUUCCUUGCUUGUCCAGACCAUUUCAGGUGUGACAAUUGCUAUGAUUAUAGGUUUACUAGUUUCUUGGAAACUCGCGUUGGUCAUGAUCGCUGUUCAACCUCUCUCUAUCCUCUGCUUCUACACUAAAAAAGUUUUGCUCUCCAACAUUUCCCAUAAUUAUGCCUAUGCACAAAACCGUAGCUCACAGAUUGCAUCAGAAGCUAUAUACAACCACAAGAUUGUAACAUCCUUAGGGUCCACGAAGAAGAUAAUAGAAAUAUUUGAUAAGGCUCAAUAUGGGGCAAAAAGAAAGGGUAAGAACGCAACAUGGCUUGCGGGCUUUGGGAUGGGGUUGGCGCAGUGCCUAACCUUCUUGACAUGGGCACUAGACUUUUGGUAUGGAGGAGUGUUGGUUCAAAAGGGUGAAAUCUCAGCCGGGGAUGUAUUCAAGACGUUCUUUGUUUUAGUAAGCACCGGAAAGGUUAUUGCGGAAGCAGGAAGCAUGACUUCUGAUCUUGCCAAAGGCUCUGCCGCCAUUUCUUCUGUUUUCAAGAUCCUUGACCGUAUUUCAUCUCAAGAAAAUACAAACCCUGGAGAAAAAUUUGAGACAAUACUAGGGGGAAUAGAACUAAAAGAUAUUGAGUUCUCAUACUCUAACCGGCCUACUAUUCCGGUGCUUCGACAAUUUUCCUUGAACAUCAAGCCUGGAACAAGCAUUGGAUUGGUUGGUACAUCAGGAUGUGGUAAAUCAACAGUGAUAGCUUUGAUCCAACGAUUCUAUGAUGUGGAAAUAGGAUGUGUGAAAAUAGAUGGUGUGGAAUUGAGAAAUAUAGAUAUUAAAUGGUAUAGACAACAUACUGCUCUAGUGAGCCAAGAGCCAGUUGUUUACUCUGGAAGUAUCCGAGAAAAUAUUAUACUAGGACGACCCGAAGCGACCGCGGAUGAGGUGGUAGGGGCUGCUAAAGCUGCUAAUACUCAUGACUUUAUCUCGGCAAUGGAAAAAGGAUAUGAGACAGAAUGUGGAGAAAGAGGAAUGCAACUUUCUGGUGGUCAGAAACAAAGAAUAGCCAUUGCCAGAGCCUUUUUGAGAAAUCCUAUAAUACUUCUACUUGAUGAGGUUACGAGUUCCUUGGACUCUAAAUCAGAGCAUGAGGUUCAAGACGCUCUAGCUCGGAUCAUGGCUAGCCGGAAGAUGACUACUGUAGUAGUGGCUCACCGCAUCAACACCUUGAACAAUUUGGAUUGUAUUGCGGUGAUCGCAGAUGGAACCGUAGUAGAGACAGGGAGUUACGACCGCUUGAAAAAUAGUAGAGGCCAGUUCUCUAAACUUUUUCAUGCGCAUGAUCUCGAAUCUUGAAGAGUUUUCUUAGAAAAUUUUGAAAAGAUUUUUUACAAAUUAGGUAUAUAUUAGUAAA